AUGUGUUGGCCGCUGACGGGUCGUUGCUCUUUUGAACGCCCUUUGACUCCUGAGUCUGAUAUUCCUCCUCCACGUCUUCGCUUAGGAGUAUCCCCGUCCACUCGCUCGUUUCUGCCUCGUCAUCUCACCCGUGAAUCCUUAAACCGCCCAAUCAGCUCCUCAGAGCAAUCAAACCAGCCGUUCGGACUACGAGUGCACCGAGCGGCUGUCAUUCGCGACUGGGAAGAAACUUUUGACCUCACACCCCUCCCUCCUAUCUUCUUCUCACCUGAAAUACCACAAGACCCCGGAAUCUCACUUGUCACCAUGGGAAGCCGCCAGCCGGAGAUCGUUGACCUUACCUCAAACCCCACCCGUCAGACCCCAAUCAACCUCUCCUCCUCCCCUCUCGCCUCUGGCUUCGCCUCUUCCUCCCGAAAUGGAGAACAUGCCCCGCGGGGGAUCAAGCGCCCCCGCACAGAUGAACCCUGCAGCUCAUCUGCAUCCUCAGAUGUCUGGCCCGGAAGACAGGCCAUUGAAACAAUCGACAUGACUGAGGACUCGCAUGCGGCCGAGCUGGCCAAGGCAGUCGCAAAGCAGAGAGAGGAUGCAAUCAAGGCCCAGCAGUCCGGGGCAGAGAAGGAUAGAACCAAGACAGCUUUGAUGGCUUACACAUGUCCCAUUUGCAUGGACACGCCUGUGGAUGCGACAGCAACUUCUUGCGGACAUUUGUUCUGCCACAAAUGCAUCAUGGACUACUUGACGAUCAUCGAAGAGACCCGCGGUGACUCGUCCAAACAAAACAAGGGAACUUGCCCGGUCUGCCGGAAGCCACUUUCGAGCAAGGAACAGCCUGGCAAGUCAAGGAGCCUGAUUCCUCUGCAGUUCAAGUUGCACACGAAGACCCGCAGCGAAUUUGAGGCAGACCGUAAAGCUCGUGAAUAUCGUGAGGCUCAUGAGGCCGAUCGCGAGUAG